AUGAAGCAAAGUGUUCGAGCCUCGCACCUCUUGCGCUUUCCUCGUCAUCACCAUUUCAUCGGAUCUACUUUUUCCAAGAUACAUAACAAUGCUCUUCAUCAUGAAACAUUCCACAAUGUUAAAUCAUUGAUCAAAAAUAAUUUAUUUAAUCCGCAAUUUUUAUACAGAACUUAUAAUUCCAAAACAACUACAACAAUUCCGAACUUUGAAGUUUUAUUAACUGAAAAUGAACAACCUUCGAACUUUGCGUAUAAACAUGUUUCGGAUCCGUCCACCGGUUUAAUUGGAUUAAACUUAAAGUCUUUGGAAGAUUUCCAAGUUUUAAUGCGAAAUGCUCAUAAAAAUUGUGAUGAUCUACGAAAUAGUAUUGUGAAUUUGAAAGAAGAAGAUUGUGCUUCUAAAAAAGACUAUGCUGAAAAGAUUUUGGACAUGUCUGAUGAAAUUUCCAAUCAACUCUGUCUAUUUCUUGAUGCAAUGGAAUUUAUUCGAUGUGUUGAUCCUAGAACUGGUUUUAGACAAAAGGCUGAUGCAGUACACACUGAAUUCUCUCAAUAUCUCCACAAAUUAAACACAGAUGUGGUUUUGCAUCAGAAAAUCUUGAGCGUAGUCAAAGACAAGUCGCUCGUUGAUACUUUAGAUCAAGUUCAAGAGAGAUGUCUUCGCUUACUUCAAGAGGAUAUGGAAAAACAUGGUGGUGUCCAUCAACAAAAAGAAGAAGACAAAACUGUUCAACUAAGAUCAUACAUGGACACUUUGUCCUAUUUAUUCAGUGAAUCUGUAUCCAAGUACAACAACCUUGAAUCGAACGAUAUGAAAUUUAUUGAAGUGAACCCAGGUGAUGUGUUAUUCAAGAAAGGAGCCAAAUACUUGUUUAAAAGUGAUAACAAAUUUUAUGUCAAUCCCAGUUAUUAUACAAAUUUAUUAGUGAAUCAGAAAGAUGAAGCCACUCGAAAAAUGAUUUAUCAAGCCAAAUUCUCUUCUUCGGAAACCAAUCUUUCAAUUUUAGAUGAGCUACUUACUGCCAGAGACGCAUUUGCCAAAGAGCUCUCUUAUCCAUCCUAUGCGCAUUGGUUUUUACAUGAUCAAUGUGCUCGUACUCCAGAAAAUGUAAUCCAUUUCCUCACCGACCUCUCACAAAGUAUAAAACCAAAGGUAGAACAAGAGCUGAAAGUUUUGAGAGAAAUUAAGAAGAGCGAUGACAUUUAUGAAUGGGAUCUUUAUCAUUUGAGAAGUAUUGCCGUUCAAAGGAUUGAAUCACCAUCCGUAUUUGUUUCUGACUAUUUUCCUCUUCAUAAGGUGAUGGAAGGAAUUUAUCAUAUUUGUUUGAGUUUAUUUGGAGUACACUUGGAACCAAUGAAAUUGUCAUCGGAUGAGUCUUAUCAUCCAAGUGUUAGAAAGCUUGCAGUAGUUCAUGAAACAGAGGGAUUACUUGGUUAUAUUUAUUUGGAUCUUUUCAGUCGGGAAUCCAAGAAUGUGGAGGCUGCCAAUUUUAGUAUUCGAUGUGGAAAAACAACCAUUCAUCAAAAACCAGUGACAGCCCUUGUGUGUAAUAUUGAUCCAACAGUGGUGGAUAACUUCUCUGCGGAUCGUGUGUAUCUUCUCUCUCACUCUGAAGUCACUACUAUCUUCCAUGAACUUGGACAUUCUCUUCAUGUGAUUUUUGGACAAACACCAUACCAAAAUCUAUCAGGUACCAGAACGAGUAUUGAUUUUGUAGAGACACCUUCACAAUUCAUGGAACAUUUUGCAUGGGAUUAUAGAGUCCUUCAAACAUUUGCAAGGCAUUACAAGACAGACGAACCAUUACCACUUUCUCAGUUUGAAUAUUUGAAGAAACGAAAGCAAAUGUUUACUGGGCUGGAUAUUGAAGAGCAAAUCAUGUUUGGUCUUAUGGACAUUACCUUCCAUUCAGGAUGGCCUAUGAUAGACUCUGUGACAAGAACCAAAAAGUCAACCUCGCAAGUUUUUGCCGAGUUAAAACAGAAAUAUGCUUCCAUUCCAUGCUGCGAAGGCACAUCCUAUCCAGGGCAAUUCAUUCAUUUCAGCAAUUAUGGAGCUGGAUAUUAUUCGUAUCUCUAUUCCAAAGUUUUUGCUGACCACAUGUGGUACAAAUUCUAUCAUCCACUCGAAAAUCCUUUGAACAGAGAAGCAGGAGAAAAAUUCAGAAAAGAGGCGUUGUGUGGUGGAAGUAAGGAUCCAACCUUAAUUGUCCGAGAUAUGCUUGGAGAAGAGCCAAAUCCUUCCUAUUUCUUGAAGCAGUUCGAUUAA